UAUAAAAGCCCUACCAUGAAUCAGUGCGUCAUUUCUAAUCAAGUUCCAAAUAUAUUCGUGAUGGAGCUAUUUCAAAGCAUUCAGACAAAAAUCCAGUACAUUGGUAUUGUGCAUCCGACAAUAGCUUCAAAUCUGUUGCUAACCACGAAAAUUCUAUUCGUAAUUAGUUUAAUGGUAGGAAUGAUUUUAUCAUCGCUUACUUUCAUUUUAUUUCACAAAAAAACAUUCAGCGAAGUCGCUGAGGCGUUCUUUUUGCUAAUGACCGCGAUAUUGGCUAUAACUGUCUACAUAUUAUUUGUGCAACGGAGAGCCGUCUUUUACAAAUUGAUCGACGACGCCAGAGAUAUCAUUCAGAAACGUUCAAAAAAUCCAUCGUCGAAAAAAUUGUACGAUAAUUUAACUGAAACUAUUGCAAAAACGAGCAAAUGGAUGAGUUUUUCAUUGGCCGGCGUGGCGGUUUCAGUGACAACCAUUCCGAAUGCCAUUUUGUCGUACUGGAAAUAUUGGGAAGGAUUUGGAAAUGCAUCUUUUAAAUUACCACUAACUGGAGUGUACCUUUAUGAUCAAACCCUUCUCGGUUACUCAUUCGGAUCAAGCAUACAAAUAAUGGCCAUGUUUUCGAUGAUGUGGUUAUUUUCCUGUAUUUUGGUAUUUUUGAGUGGUUUCCCAUCAGUUGUUAUCACAUUUGCUGAUGACAUUCAACUUGAAUUAAAAAACUGGAGCCAGUCAUUGAACGAAAAGCAUUCGAACGACUUGAAAACGAAGCAUUCACUUUAUAAAAUUCUUGCAUUUCAGGCGAUUAUAAGAGAGUACUCGAAGCAAAUAUCAACAGCUUUUCAACCCGUUGCUUUGGCAUAUUUGUUAUGGGGAAUCGUUUGCAUUAGCAUAACACUUGUGAUGCUACAAAUUUCAUUGAAUCAGAAUACAUUAACUACAUCAGACAUUGCGCACACGCCGCAAUUUAUAUUCUGGACCUUCCUUGCUAUGUACAUUCCUUGUCACUUUGGAGAUGCUUUGACUUGUCGUCAACGAGAUAUUGGACAAGAAAUCUAUGAAAGUUCGUGGCAUUUUUUACCACUUGAACAACAAAUGUUGUUGCCGCUGCCAAUGAUGCUGGCACAAAAUCCCAUUUAUAUGAAAGCAUUUGGAUCCAUUUCCUGCUCACGAAAUAUAUUUAAAAAAAUAACCGAAAAAGGGUUUUCUUAUUUCAUGGUGCUACGUCAAUUUGAAUUUUAAUUCAAUUUAAUUAAUCUAAAAUCAUUCAAUUAUCAAAUAAAAAUUAUUUUCGUU